UAUGACAGAGAAGGAAGCUAUGGUGGAUCCUUUUUUGGUCGAAGCUCUCCAGAAUCCUCGUCAUCGUCUCACCAUUUUGCGGAUGGAGCUUGAUAUACAAAAGUUCUUUCAAAACCCUGAUCAGCUUCAGUUCGAGUUCUCUCCUUUCCCAACCUCUUACCUGCGUCUCGCCGCACAUCGAGUUGCUCAGCACUAUGGACUAGUGACCAUGGCUUUGGACAACGGUGGUGGCGCAGUAGAUGGAUCCGACAACAGAAUCCUUGUGACCAAAACAGCGGAGAGCAGGUUUCCUCACGUCUGCUUAUCCGAAAUCCCUGUUAAGCAACCCGAGAACGGUAGGCCCGAGGGUGGUUUCAAGAUUGCGAUCAAGGCGAGGCCCAAGAGAGGAUCUGGCUCCGGAGGUAGCGGAUCAGGAGUGCAGCAGAAUCUUCAGAGAAGUGUCGAGGAGAGGAAAGAAGAGUAUGAUAAGGCCAGAGCUCGGAUCUUUAACAGCCCUGGUAGUUCCGACUCUGAAGAUUCUUCAUCGUUACGAGCUCCUCCUCCUCCUCCUGAAGUGAAAAACACAAGUGUAAACCGCAGUGAGGCUGAGGUGGCGGUGAGUAAUAAUUCUCCUGAUGCUGGUGGUUCUCGAGAAUCUGGAAGGACUUCUGUAGCCAUUAUCAGAGAUAGAGAGAAAGAUCGAUAUGAUCCUGAUUAUGACAGGAGCUAUGACAGGUAUGUCGUGGAUCCCGCAUACAGGUACGUUAGGGUUAUGCCGUCUGGCCAAAGCUUUAAUCCGAUGCCAAUGCACAUUCCCUUUCACGAUGGAGGUUUCCCGCAGAUGCCAAGAGGUCAUCAAGCUAAUCUAAACUACGGUCAUCCGUUUAAUCCUGCCAUGAGUCCCUUUAUUAAUAACCCGGCUGCUUAUACGCCGUGGCCAAACUCACCAGCUAUGAACUAUGCGCAUUCGUUGAACGGCCCAGACACGAAUCUUUUCAGGCAUCCUUCUGCGAGCAAUCCCUGACGACAAGUAGUGUUUUGAGUACUUCAAUGUUUGUAUGAAAAAAAAAACAGAUUCUAUAGAUAUUUAGCCUUUAUAGGAGCUCUCUGUUCUGUUCCAAACAAUGGCUGCUUCUUUCUUAUAUAACAAGACAUCUACUUUCUCGUUUUA